AUGGAUUCCCACGAGUGGCUGUUGGCCACAAGCAUCGAUCCCAAUCUGGAUCCUCAGCUUGCCCAGUUGAUGGAAAUUCCGUUGCAAAUCAAAGCCGAGCCCGAUGAGGCCCAGACUGGCAUCGCGACUGCUGUCCCCGAUGUGUCUUCGUGGCCGCAUGGUGAUUGCUGGCAAAGCUCUCGUCCCAUCGAGCCUACAUUCUGGGCUCCCAACGCCAAGCUUUGCGACUGCCCCGAGCACUCUGAAACCACUUGGCCAGCCGAGCAUGCUAUUCUUUUCAUCCCGGACUGUGCAAAGCGAUGCCCUUACUGCCCGUGGAAGACUGACAAGUCGGCAAAGGUUGGAAACCCGGCCCCGAUGGUGCGUCGACACAUACGCCAGUAUCACCUGAAACAUGGCAACUACUAUCCCGGCAUUAGCGUUGAAUCGCUACGUGUGUACGUCUAUCGGCAUUUCCUCCAUUCCGUCAGUUACGAACUCACCCAAGGCGGUCGUCCUACACUCGAGAAUACCGAGCAGGCAUAG